AUGGAUGCCUUGGAGUCAUUGUCGACUCUCAGAGCAUCUGACUUGACGACAGAGAACGAGUACCAUAUUUACGAAGAAAUUCCAGAAUACGGUAUGGGCAUCCCCACUCCAAUAGCAGAAGACAUAGCUACAGAUUGUCCCGUGUGUAGAUACAGCCCACAAGACGAUAUCCCUUGCGUUUGCCAGGAUUCCAAAGUGGCUCGUUCCAAUCCGAAGACGAGCUCAAGCAAUGCCAGACAAUCUCUGUCUCUGGAAGUAUCAUCAAAGAAAGGUUUCCAAAAUGGAAACCGAAAGUACAAUCAUGCUAAUCGCCCCCUACCGGAAAUUCCUAUUGAAUUGUCGACGACGUCUUGUAACAAAAGCAAUUUCAGAAAUUCUGCUGAUCUUUGUUCUCGCAACUCGAACAGUUUGUCAUCUUUAGAUUUAGAAAUUGAUGAUGAAAUAUCGAGUCUGGAUAAUCUUUAUAUGAAUGUGCCAGAAAACUUUGGGAGAAAUAUGACAACUAUUGAUUCUGGAAAGCCACCUCUGCCUAGGGUUGCUCUAGGAGUUACUCUCAGAAAAAGUCAAGGGGAAACCGAGGAAGACUUCGAGAGAAGAACUCAAAAGUUGAACGAGUUUAGAGAUUAUAAAAGAAGGAACUUCCCACAAGAAAAUCUGGUUCUCCCUGAGAAACCAUUACUAACUAACAGCUACCAUCAACGUCGUCAGUCACGACCGAAAACGAUUCUUACCAAUGGAUCGUUACGAUCAUGUGUUGCACUUAUGGAUGCUGCUACGGCCACUAAAAUCAUGCCAGUACCUUCAGGAGUGACGGGAAAGGAUACUGAUGCGUCUGAAAGCAUUGUAGGUCGAUCAGUUACUGGUGCGUCUACAUCUACGACUACUGCUGCGUCAACCAGUCCCGCCCUUUCUUUUGAACAAGAGGAUAAAGAACUACAGAAGAAACUGGAAGAAAGAUAG